UCUUCCAGCCCGGCUUUCAGUCUGGAGAAAAACACAGAUGAGGCUUCUGGAAAAGCAGUCAAACCUGGAGACUUGAUUGAGAUCUGCCGUGGUCUCUACAAUCACUGGGCUGUUUACAUCGGAAAUGGAGACGUGGUUCACUUUGGUGCAUUAAAUGCUCAGUCAGGUUCCAGCAAUAUGACAGGAGACGGCAUCGUGAUGAAAGAGAAGCUUCAGGAUGUGGUGGGAAAGGACAGAUGGAGAGUCAACAACAUCUUGGAUAAAAAGUGCAAGCCAAUUUCACCAGAUGAGAUCGUGAAGAAAGCCUGUUCACGUGUCGGAGCUUCACUGAAGUACAAUCUCAAAGAGUACAAAUGUGAACACUUCGCCACUGAGAUGCGCUACGGCAAAGCUGAGUCUCGUCAGGUGCAAACGGUGCAAAACCUUGGUGCUGCAGCUGUUGGUGGUGGCCUCUUGGAUCUUGGUACUUCAGUGAUUGCUGGACCCAAACAUGGAGAAUCAAACUAUUAAUCCUGAAUGACAACCGUCAUGAAGUCAUGAAUCUGAAUGAUCACAGCAUUAUCAGCAAUCUAUUACUGUCUUUUUUGAUCUGAAAACAAACUUUUCUACUUAACAAACUUUUUCUAUUGGAUCUAUUUUUUCACACAUAUUUUUCAAACUCAUUGCAGAAAUAAUAAAAUGCUUUGCCUAAAAAAACAGAAACAAACUUAAGUCACGUUUAAUUCUUUAAUUGUGAUAAUUAACUAAUGUCGAGUUUGAUUUGAUUUAUUGAUUAAAAAGGAGAAGGAAGAAGCAAACGUAUAUAGUAUCACCCCUACUCAGUUAGUUCAUUUGAUAGUUUUCUGAUCAUAUCAAAUGCAGAUUUUUAUUUCAAUACAAUCAAUCAAGGGUUCAUUGAACACAUUAUCAAUACUUUGUAAUUCUGUUUCUUCUCUAUAAAAACUUUGUGACUAAACAAAUUUGUUCUAUUUUAUCUUCAUCUGAUUAUUCCCUUUUAUAAGAAAUAAAGUUCAUUUGCUGUGAAUCUG